CCGUAAUAACAAGUUGAUAGUUGAUAUCGGCGACGAUAGUGGGAGGCGCAAAGUUGGCUGCGAAGACGUCAUACGUCAUACCCCGUUCGUUGACUUGACAACGUUCACGACGCUUGAAGUUGUCGCUCUCGCGGAGGUUUGGCGCGAUGUGAAGAGAAGAGGAGUAGCAGCGGAUCGCGAUAUUUUCAGGCGAUCGCCGGCCGCGGGGACGCAAACAUUCUCCCCGAAGAAAGAACUUUAUCUCUAGAAAAAGAUAAAGAACGCGAGGAAUAUCCGAGAGGGCCGCGUCGCGAUCAACGGAUUUAGAGAACAAGAUCUCGAAAGGGAGAAGACAUCGCUCUACGUUUGGGAGUUCAGGAACGAGAAAGAAGGAAGGUGGAGGAAAGACAGAGGAGGCGUACACACACGCGCAAAAGUGAUAUGGAUACUGGAGGCGGGAACCGCAUACACGUCUCAGCGUCGCUGCAUUUUUUUUACACACGGCGCUCGAACAAGGUCGUACGCGAGUGGAACGUCCGUGAUUUAAGCGAAUUAUUGUGCGCGCGCGCGCGGACGCGUGCCCGGUUCGACGAGGUAGACGGACGAUGACAUUGUGUGUGUUGUUCCUUUUCACCGAUACACGCACGGAUACAUGCGGCUGCUUCCCGCCCCCUCCUCCCUAAUCCGUUUCAUCCGUCACGACGGGUUACCACGAAGAUUUCAUCUCGCUCUCCAAGCCUGAGUCGCUUUUUUGGCGUUUCCAGUAAGAAAAAGAUAUAAGUCGUCGCAAGAUGGCUUCUAAUGAAGACGGUGAUCUGAUCGAUCUCGGAAAUGAUGCAUGUGUGCCACGUGUCCCAGUGGACGAUGCGACAGCCGAGGAACAAGAGCAUUUACUCGACGUGUGCCCUCCGAAACUGGAGCAGAAGCUCUUCCUCACCAGGCGGCAGGAACUAGUGCUGGACAGCAUCGACAAGGGUGAUAUUCUAGUGACCUUGGGUCACGAUCAGGUGGUACCGAUUCGCAAGAGGAUCGAUGUAGUGUCGUCGGACACAAUUAAGCGGAUUCGCGACAUCACCAAGAAUCUUGAGCCGGUGAUACAUAGAACUUGCUCGGGCAUCAACGAGGAGACCCAACAAGACACAGUGGAUCACUCGACGAUCUUGGACUAUGAGAAGACGAAGCGUUCGAUGGCGAAGCACGAGGACGAGACGUAUGAGGCGCGGGAGAUAAAUAACGCCUUCGAUUUCCUCGCCGAGCACGAUGACAAUGAGGACCGAGCGGAAACGAGUUCGGGUCGCCUAAAGAACGAGAAUAUUAAUACGAAUCGCUCGCUAUACUCUAUGCGUCUCUUGACCGAGAAAGAGGACACGGUCAAUUACCCUUUCGAGUCGUCGUCCAGGACCUCGAGCGAGGAAACGACCGGUGGAAGUGACACGGACGAGAGGAUGGACGUCGUCAUGCCGAACGAGUACGAUGUCCAGCUGGACAAUCCGGCCUUCGAGUCCUCGCCGAAUUCGAGAAAGUCUCACGAGGACGAUCCGGCCGAGAACAGAUCCGUCUCCGUCGACUUGGAGCCGCACACGAGAAUCGUUCUUAAGAGACGCGGUCAGGAGGACAUCGCGUUUGAGUGCGGAAGCAAAAAACGCUUUUUCCGUGAGCCGCAUCGUAAAUCAUGGACGGAAGGGACGAGGCUGAACGCAGCUUUUACCGAUGGGCUUCCCAGUAUCGAUAGAUCCACCAGUCUUGAGGAAUAUCAUUAUGCACCGAACAUGGAUCGUGGAUUAUCCAGCUUUCUCACGAGACAGCCGCCGGAAGCGGAAUCGGCGACCAGCGUCGAGGACGGCUGCUCCGAAGGUUCUGAAGUGGAUUGGUCCUGGCUCGAGGAAGUAGAAUGCCUGCGGGCCGCGGAGUCUCUCGCCACCGGCGGUGAACGUGACGGCGAACAGGGGGGAGACGCUUCUUCCCCCACCGAUGAAAGCGCGGGGCGCAGGCGCGCCUGCGAUCGUCGCGAGACGGCGGCAACCCGCAGUGCCGCGAUGUCCGUCACCGCGACGGCAAAGUCCCUAGCAGUCGGUGGCUCGCGGUGGCCAUCCCCCGUUGGCGCGCUUCUCCUCGAUUGUCAAAAUAAUAACAACAAUGUCGGUCGUCGCAGCGGUCAACAUCGCCGACAUCGUAAUGUCAAUAAUAACAACGACGACGACGACGACAAUGAUGACGAAGCCGCGCGCUGCAACGCUACAAACGAGGCGGUCGAUCGCGAAAAUCGCUACGGCACGACGACGACGACCACCACCACCACCACCAUUCCCGUCGCCGGCUCCAUCGCCGCUACCGCAAACUCGUGGAUGCGCGCAUCUAUGCGGCGCCUGCGUCAUCUGCGGCUACCUGAGGGUACGCAACGCGGUGCCGGCGAGCCGGCCAAUCGGCGCGCCGCGUCCGUCUCGGCGCCGAAUUCGCUGCCGGACAUCGCGCUGAUCGCGCCGGAGAUCCUCGCGGCGCAGACCAACGGCGGUACUUCCGGCACGCUGCUGCGACCCUCGAGCGCGCCCGCGAGAAACGCGGCCACCGCCGCCGCCGGUGUCGCGACGCCGCGUCGAACCGGCCGGCAAUUCACCGGCGGCGGCAGGUCGCGGGGCGCGCGAAAUCGGGAAGCGGCCUCCUCGAGGCAGGGCAGCCUCGGAUCCACGACCACGACAAGCGACAUCACCGCGUCCGGUAACACGACCUGCUCCAGCGGCGCUUCCACCAGUCCAGCCUCCAGCACGGCGACCACUCCGCAACGCACCACUUCGAGAAGGAUAUGCGAGAGGCAAAGGGAUGCUGAGAGGCGAAACGACAACAGGGGCGAGGAUGACGACGAGGAUGAGAAUCCUCUCGGGAAGUGGCCGCACGCUCUUAGUUCGGCCCUCGCGUGUCUCGGCUGUACCUUGGGACUUUUUAAUAUCAGUAGAUUCGCCAUUCUUAGUAUACAGUUUGGAGCAAACUUCAUUGUACAGUUCCUGAUUUUAUCGUUUAUACUGGGCAUCCCAUUACUGACGUUACAAGUAUGUCUCGGGCAAAGACUGGCGGCCGGUUCUGUGGAUAUGUGGAGAAUUUCGCCGCUUUUUCAAGGUGUCGGAAUAGCCCUGCUCACCGCACAGGCUUUCAUCGGUAUCUACAGCAUAGUCGGUGUAUCGUGGAUGUUCGUUUACUUCAGAGAUUCGUUCAUAACGAAGCAGGACAAGUAUCGAUGGGCGGAGCCGUUUCUUCUCUAUCGAGACGACAGUCGUCCCACGCACAAUGCUACCACUUCGUACAAAUUAUACGAGACCGUUCCGGAUUACUUCAGCGGCGCCGUAUUGCAAAGACACCACUUGAACGAGGCCGAUCCCGGUGUCGUCACGUUAAAGUUUCAAGUGGCCUUCAAUUUAGCCGUCGUGUGGAUGAUUGUAUUUGUUUCGCUUAGUAAAGGGCUGAGAUCUUACGGAAAGGUUGUAUACGUUUUCACGCUGGUGCCCGUGUUCGGUACAUUAGUCCUUUGCACGAAACUGCUAGGACUUACUCCGCCGGGCUCGAUAAGCCAACUUUUCCCUGCUACUGUCUGGAACGAAUUCUUCAUUAAUGGAAAGUCAUGGGUGGCUGCCUCAAACGAGGUCUUCCUCACGUGGGGUUUACUUGGUGCGGCUGCUAUGCAGAUAGCGGCUCACAACAAGCACAAGCAUCUCCUACAGCGAGAUACGACUCUCGUGGUGAUUCUGACAUUUGUGGUGCUUCUACUUGGGGCUUUCUUAGCGAAUACCUGCGUACAGAUCCUCAGACUUCACGGUUACAUCUACACUACUAGUUCCUUCGAGAGAAUAUCAGGGUACACGUUUAUAAGGCUCGCCAAUAAACCGGCACCGUCGGGUCACAGCAGUACGCCGGAGAGAUUCAUGUCUCACGCAUCCUUCCUUCUUGGUCAACGCGUAAUACGACCCGGCGUAGACACGAGCAUCGAGUCCGGAUACCAGGUGUUACGUCUGGCCACUGAAUUGGUGCCCGCAACAUUGGCAUUGUUGGGCACCGAACAAGUGUCACCAUUCUGGGCGGUCCUGUUUUAUUUUAUCCUUAUCUUAUUUGGGAUCGCGCAACAGUUGGCAAUAUGGCAUUGCGUAAUAACCGGUAUAAUGGCAAUCAAUACGAAAAUGAUGAAGCUCUGGGAGACCACCAUUACGUUUUUUAGCUGCGCUUGUGCCUACAUACUCGGAUUGCCUAUGGCUACAGAGGAAAAAUUCUUGACGGAACACAUCACGCAGUGCGCAUCGGUCUUGGAAGAGUGUCCCAACAGAUGCGGGGUUUACGUUUCCCGCAGAAAUCUGGAGGAACAUCGGAAGUCGUGCAACAAAAAAAUGUCGAGGAGAAAUAAUCAAAUAAAAGACAUACAAGAUUCGGUGUGGAAGGAAAAGGUGUUCUCGGUAUUGACGUUACUGCGUCUAGCUAUCGAUCAAGGAGAAAAGGAGCGAAUUCGCCUGCAGGACGACCUUUCUAGGAGCUUGAGCUUAUUGUACUCUCAGCAGGAAUCUCUCGCCGCGUUGCAAUCGAAUAUCGCAGAAGCGGUCGAGGAGUAUCGCGGUAACGACGCAAUACUGAAUAUGAGGUUAAACGAUCUGGAGAUGAUCACUGACAAUAUGCAGCAUCGCACUAGUUCGAGCUUUUGGCAGAUAUCCGAACAGUUGAAGUUGUUCGAAGGAAGAUUGAUAGGCGAGCAAAACAAAUGUGCAUCAACCGAUUGGUUUAAAGAAUUAAAAGAUUUGAAGACGUUUAUCGCUAAAGAGAGUGUACGCGCGAGCGAUAUAUGGCAGGAACACUCGCAGCGUGUCAACGAUUUGAAACUGGAGUUGGAAAUGAGAUGUAAGGAUUCGAAGGACCUGACGUUCAAACAUGACACCUUGUCGAAAAAGCUUGAUAGUUUAGCGAAAGAAAUUCUUACAUGUUCCGAAAGCGCGGCCAAACAAAAAUUGGACCUGAAAGGUCUCAAGUUUCAAAUGAAAGAGAAUCUGAGAUACAUCGAGGAAUUGAUCGCGGAGAGUUGCAGACCGGCACCUUCGCUGUCGAGUUCUUCGUGUUCGUGCGCGGAAGGCUCCUCAACAAACGGCCGCAUUAUAUGGCGAAUCGACCGUUACAAGGAGAAGAUGAGCGAAGCAAGGGAGACCGAUUGCGCGUAUUACAGCCCGGUAUUCUACGACAAGGAAUACGGCUACACCCUGAGAAUGGAAUUAUUUCUGAACGGUAAAGGACAGUGGAAGGAUCGCCACAUUAUCGGAUGCUUGCGCGUGGAGAAUGGCAAGUGGGAUCCCCUGUUAGAUUGGCCUUGCGUACUCCGAGCCAUCGUAAUUCUUCGAGAUCAGGACAAUCCCGCGAACGACGUUAGAAAGAUUGUGAAGACCAUAGGCCGCGAUAGAGACGAUUCUAACGAGCCUGAUAAAGAAUCCGGACUAUACAUGUUUGUUCCACAUACCACGCUAAGUAGAUACGCCGGUUACACCAAGAAUAAUGUUAUAUUCUUGGACGUGCAAGUGAAAGAUAUAAAAACGAGUUUGGGUAUCUACGUAGUGUACUAUCUUGAUUAUACCGUCGGUGGGGCAUGGUGGAUAAUCGUUCUAUAUCUAAUGCAAGUCGGCGCCGUGUUCGCGGUCCGCGGACGGCCGCACACCGGCGAGGCGGUCGUCGCCGAAUUAUUCCCACCGACUGGGCGUUGCCUUAGAUACUGGGCCGGACCUUUGUUAUCCUUCAUCUGGAACGUCGUUCUCCCUGUCACUUUGAUGGUUCUCAGCAUCACGAUAUUUAAAAGCAGCGGUUUCCGGGAAUUGUAUUCUUAUCGUCGCACGAGCAGAGAUUACUGGGCCGUUUGGGCAAGGCAACUCGGGACGGCGAUUCAGCUGAUACCGAUACUGAUGAUACCAGCAGUGGCCGUCAUACAAACGUGUCGAUAUCUGAACAAUGGGCCACCCGAUAUAUUCGACAGAAUUCAAUUACUUUAUCGGCCACCGUUGGAACCGGAGGAUCCUCGUGACGCGCAGACUCAGAUCGGGAAUGACACUGGCACCGGCAGCUUGCAUGGCAACGGAAUCCUAGCCGCCGCGACCACGGAAAUACCGUUUGAGGAUCCGCCGCCCAAGUAUACACCGCCGCCGAGUUACACUACGGCGACCGGCGCGAGGAUCGCGAAAAUGCUGCGCCAGAGUUUUCGACGAAGCGUACGGAGGAUCGCGAACGUUCUGGGGGAAAGUAGCGCGCCGCGGCAGAGACCAGCAUUGCAGCAACCACCGCCGCCACCGGAUUACGCGACCGUACUGGUGGAAAUGAACCAGAGCGGCGGCAUGCCGAUUUCGUACGAUCAAGUCGCAAUCCACGUGCCUUUGGAACCGCGACCGGAUGUAACUAAUACGGGAAGAAGCGGUCGACAACAGGGCGUGGACGGUCGAGCGUCGGACGAGCGUCAGAAUGUUCGGCCGAACACAAUCGACCGCGCCAGCCGGAUCGGUAUCGCGAUCGAGAGAUCGCGCGCAUUGGAACGCACCCACUCGUCGACCCUCGACCGAGGUCGCCGAUUGAACAAUGUCGCGAACAUCGCCACUCUGUCCGGCUCGAAUUUGACGGCCACCGACGUGGCGAAUUUGCUGCGCAGCAGCAUACGUAGAGGUACCGCGAGAACGCAACAAUCCUUGCGUAGGAGUUUCUGCCACGAGGAGCCGACGAUGGCAGCGUCCGUCGAGAAUCUAGUCGAGGCCGCCGCGCCUAUCGGCCAAGAUUCCUUAAUCCUAUCGAAAGACGCAUCUCUAGUCCCCGGUGAACAGAUCAACGAGCACUGUCGCCACAACGACAACGGCGAUGGCAACGACAGCAACGAUGAAAAAAAGACUGCGAGCGAAAUGGAGAGUUCCGUUUCUGUGAUAUAGACUGAGAAUAUCGAUUAAACGUCGAUCGCACAUUUUAUUGAUGCGUGAUGCGCACGGCUAAGUUUCAAUCCGCUGAUUUUGGAUCAACCAUGAUUCCGGUUAGCGAUUCCCUGCCUCUUUCUAUAAGUUAUAACUUUCUACCUGUAAUGUAGACGGAGAGAAUAUCUCGUUAAUCAAAGUCGCGACGCUAAUUCUCUCGGGUAGUCUCCAGUGUUUAAAUUCCCCGAAAUUAGAACAUUGUUGUUCUCCUCCCGUGUGCCUAAACAUGUGCGCGUUUGUUACUAUUCCGAAGUACUUUUGUGUUCUUACGAUAUUUAUUUCUUAAUAUAUAUAUAUAUAUAUAUUUUCGUUAAAUAUUUAGAGAAAAUAAAGUUUUGCAUGAUACAGUUUGCUCCACACUUUUGAAUAUCUUGAACCUUCGCUACGAAUCUUAUAUAUUCAAUGUGAAGAUUUGUUACAUGAGUUUAAUCUCAUUUAAUUCCAUGAUGAAUACAAUUUUCUUAUUAAAAUUAAUUUAAAUAAAUUCAGAAUUAGAUUAAAUUACGAUCCCAAACAGUCAUGUAAAUAUGGGCCUGUGUCCUGUUAAUGACUAAUUGAAAGAAAUUAUUGUGCUGUUACUGUAAUAAAGAAAUGCAGUAUAUAUAAUCAUGUUAGGAAGUGUAUUGGUCUCCUAUUUCCCUGCUUUAUUGCCUAAAAAUUAUAUUUAAAAAAUGACUGAAAAAUAAACUAUAAACAAUCAGAAAAUAAGAUUAUUAAGAAAUACAUCAUUAAAUUUCUUAGUUUCUUAGCAGGAAGCUUAAAACUAGUUUUUUAAAUUUCGAGAACGUUGUUUGAAGUUCGUUCGCACGUAUUACGGCGUUAUUCUCGGAAAUCGCGCGGAUAAUAUCCGCAUGUAUAAUAUACCUGUGUUGUUCGUCGUAAUUAGUCCUGUAAAUACAUGCAGCAUUUUAGCGAAUUAAAUUAUGUUAUACAUUUAAAAUCGAUCAUAGACUCGCUAAGCAUCCCUUUCGUUAGCCUGAUUGACGCUGAUUUACUAUAAUACGAGUGUGUAUAGUCCGUCCAUGUUGUCAAUGUAUUUUUCCGUUGAUAAAUUCAACAAUUGUCGCAAAAGCGCUUCGUAAUUAUUAUAUAAUGAGCUAGAUCGAUUUCCAUAAUAUUUUUAUUCGAGUGAAAGCCAUCGAGCAUUACGUCGAAAAAAAAUUAUAAUAUUCGUAUAAACACAUGAAAUCUUAUAUAUGUACUCUAUAGCAUAAAUAUUCAGAGAUAUUCAAUUUUUCCAUAAAGUAAGUGUAACUGUUAUACCUGAUAUUAUGGACCAUAAUAAAGUUUUUAUGUUCUUGUAAA